CGGCGACCCAGCGGCUUCUCAGCAGGGGGUUGGGGGGCUUCCGCCUUCAAGCUCAGAGGUCGGUCGAAGUCGCCGAGCACAUGGCAAUUCCUGAAGGCGUAACCCGCUGUUUUUUUUUUUUAGGGCAAGUUAAACCCCCCUCAACAACAAUACGGCACUCGAGUACCAGUACCGGUAUUGGAUGCCAUGCGCUCCACGCGCCGGAUCCAAGCAAAGUGUGCUGUCAACGGUCACGGGACUCGUCCCCUGACCUGUCUUCACCAUUGAACUGCCGUAGGCAAGAAAAGAUGAUGGAUAGGAUAGGGUAAACGCCCUCGAUAACCGUCCGUGUCGUACAGUGAUGCGCGAGUUACGUGCCAUACCAGUGCCGGCAGGGGAGGGCUAGAGGCAAAACACAGGCUUGCAGUGGAGAUCGGGAUUGUGUGUGAAGGUUUCUUGGUUUUAACUCUUGACUUCUGCCUUUAUGGUGCCGGGAAGGGUAUGCAUUGGCGAUGGAUGGCUACCAGUUACCGUAGGUUCAUAUCAAACUGCGCGAUACAAUCCAGUACACAUACCGGUACCAUACAUAAAUACCAUACCUUACAGCUUCCUGCUGUCUCUGCUGCUGCUUCCGCCGCCGCCGCUCCUACAGUAUACACACGGAAUUCGUCGAUGUCUCUUAGCUCAAUUACUGGUGCUUAUAUUUGCUCGGUCCUGGUAAAUUUAUUGGAACAUCUUUUUUUCUUGCGUGGGACCAGUCCCCCCCAUGGGCGAUAAUUUAUACCUUCUAGACAGCACAAAUUUGGAUCCACAACGCAUAAACCUCGAAUUUAUCUACCGCUUAUCGUCGCUCCAUAUGAUACUCGAAAAGUAGUCACCUCCUCCCGGGCGUUGUCGUUGCUGUGAAUAGAAUUUCCCGACCUUAGUUUUGCACCCUCGAGCCCUACGUUCACCUCUCUACGACAACCGUCCACCUAUCCACUCACCCACACCACUGCUACCACCCGACCACCCACACCCCUCCACCCAAGCCCUCCAUUUAUACUGCUCCCACUUCCACCCUCUCAAUCCUCUUUCGUCCUUAAUCAACUCCCUCUCUCGAUUCCCGGUUUCCAACCAAGAGCCCUUCCGGUCGCAGCUUACUUCCUCCCUACAUCUUAAUUCAUCCCUAUCAUCAAAAUGGUUGUCCCGGAUGCCUCCCUUGAGACUCUUGAGGAAGCCUCUAUUGAUAAGUGCACCUGUUCCGGGGUUUGCAAACGCAAAACAGACUUCGACAACCUUGUGGAAAAAAUCUGUUUGGCCCUAGGACCCUCUUCUGGCAUUGAUAGCGACGAGGCCAAUUGCGAGCACUUGAUCAAUCUCAUGCGCCGUUAUGCUUCUAAGGAGUCGGAAUGGUCAAAGUACGCAUUUGUCGAUACUACUAGAAACUAUACUAGAAAUUUCGUGGACCAUGGCAAUGGAAAGGCCAAUCUACUCGUCCUUGUCUGGAAUCCCGGCAAGGGAUCAUUGAUCCACGAUCAUGCAGACUCUCACUGUAUUAUGAAGAUUUUGAAGGGUUCAUUGGUGGAAACUUUGUUUGAUAUGCCCGCACCCGAUGACGAAGCUAGGCCUUUGAAGCACAAGAGUUUCACCAUCUACGGGGAGAACGAAGUGACCUAUAUUAGCAAUAAAAUUGGUCUUCACAAGAUUUCCAAUGACGACCCUAAUGAAAUUGCUGUUUCUCUCCACCUUUAUACUCCCCCGUGGCGUGAGGGCGAGAAGACCGGUUGUUACUGUUUUGCUCCAACAACUGGAAAAAAGACACUCGUCAAUAUGAGCAACUAUUACUCGGUACACGGGAAGAGGAAUUAGAAUCUUCCUUUCAAUGUUGUUUUCAGGUUUGGGAAUGUCCUUUUCCUUUUCUUUUCUUUUCUUCUCGAGGAGGUCCGGAUAUUGCCCUGUUCAGGACAAUCUUUACCUGUAUCUACUAUUCUUCUUUUCCGGUUUUAGUUUUCAUUUGAUAAAGGUGUUUUCUUACUCAGCUCUCGCCCCUAUUUUUACAUUUCCAAGUCUUUAGUUAAGGCACGGUGUCAGACCUAUGAUUGGUUGAUGCUCUGGUCACUAGCUUGACCAAUUC